AGGGAGUCGUCCACUGCAGCCGUCCAAUUUCCCUCACCCUAUUCAAGCACAUCCGCCAAGUCUAUUGGUCUCUGGUGUAAAUAGCGCCGCUUGGCCUAUAAGGAUCCCCGUUCACACUCGCGGCGGCUCGACAACAGGUAAUCCUAACGCUCUCCCAUUAUUCUUCCUUUCUCCUCUGCCGCUCUCAAUCAAAUCGAUCGAGUCGCCGGCUGACUCUCGUCUACGUUCCUUUCUGCCUUUGCCAUUGACCUCACCUGCGCAAGCUUGAUUCCCUCCUUCGACACCAGUCGACUGUCACUCCUUUGAACACAAGCUCGCAUUCACCACGCUCAUUACGAAUUAGAAGAAGAAGGCUCUUUUGCCCCGGGCCGCUCCUUUGACACCCACCGAACCGAGCGAUACCAGCAGACAAUCCCACGACCGAGGCGAAGAUGAAGACCACAAUGUACGCCGCCGCUGCGGCUCUAGCAACGACUUCCUCGGCGAGGCAGUUCGUCAUGUAUACCCCUGGUGGUGACAGCGAUCUGGUGGAGCGCAUGGAUGCCAUCGUGUCGCCAGGGAAAAUCAGCGCACACACGCAUCAGAUCUUCGGCGCAAGCGGAGCCUCGCCGGACAUGACGUACGAGUCUCUGCAGAAGUCGGACUGCACCACUGUCGGAAACGCAGCUAUGGCGGGGAACUCGCAGGACAAGUCUGUGUACUGGCAUCCCUCGUUGUACGCGGAGGCCAAGAACGGCACAGGCUACGUGCGCAUCCCCAGUGGAGGUCACAAAAUGUACUAUCGCGACGUGGGAAAUUCUGCCGACCAAGUGGCUUCGCCCUUUGAGUUCCCCAAGAAUUUCCACAUGGUCGCGGGUGAUCAAACAAUGCGUGCCGCAAACAAGGACACGAAGCACCAACUCAUCACCGAAUGGAUUUGCCACAUGAGCACGGGAAAGCUUAUGGGCGUGGACCAGAAGUCGGGUUUCCCCACCGACGUGUCUAAUUGCGAUUCUUAUCCUGGCUUCGCCGGAUCGAUUCACUUCCCGCACUGCUGGAAUGGUGAAGCUCCCAAGGUGAACGACAACAGCCACAUGUCAUACCCCGAGGGCGAUCCUCAGGGCGGUCCAUGCCCCAGCACGCACCCCAUUCGCCUCCCUCACAUUUUUAUGGAGAACUUCUUCGACCUCGACAAGGUGCACGAUCAGAUCGAGCCCAACACGUUUGUCCUGUCCCAAGGUGAUCCUACUGGAUACGGCUGGCACGCCGAUUUCUUCAAUGGUUGGGACGAGGGUGCCAUUCCAUCGCUGAUCGAGUCCUGCCCAAAUCCAUUCUAUGGAAAUGAGGACGUCGGUACCUGCCCCACCUUCAAAGGAUUCAGCAUGAAGAGCACCGACUGCAAGAUGAAGGCUCACUUCGAGGAGAACAGCGACACGCCUGGUGAGUAUCUCCCAGGCUGUAACCCGAUUAGCAAGGUCAACCCAGCACCAAAGAUGGCCGCUGCUCCCCUGGGUGUGUGCUCCGACGAGUGCACGCCCGCCAGCGCACCAAAUGCUGGCAACGCUCCUAGCUACAACUCCUCCUCCCCUUCCUCCCCCUCCUCUUCCAUCAGCCCUCCCAGUUACGGCAAGCCCAGCUCUUCCACGAAACCUCAGGCAGCAGCCACCACACUGGCCACCGCAUACUCGGCUCCUUCUCCCCCUGCCUACGUCGGUGCUGCCAAAGAGGCGAUCAAGGACGCUGCCAAGGACGCUGUUGAUCAUGCGAUUGAGUAUGUCACGCACGUCGUCACGGUGACUGCAGACUCCUACAAGCGAGAUGCCGCGCCCACUCCCCACAAGCGCCACGAGCAUGCGCAUAUGCGAAAGCACCAACGCCACAUAUGAAAGUAAAGAGUGUGCUGCUGCUGCUGCUUGGUCGUUCAAAAUUUUCAAACCUUCUAUUUUGCGAUUGGAUUUUGCCAAUGGGGAGAGAGCUUGUCGUGGUGAAAUGUUCUUUUUGGGGAGAAUUUUGUACAUGCUUUAUGUGGAUUUGCAAGCGAGUGAGCGAGCGAAAGAUGUGUGUACAUACAUGUACUUAGCACGAAGGAUGAUGACAUUCGAGGCGUUGAGAGCGUGGCAGAUUAGAGAGCGAGAGAAUGAAAGUUUGAACUCAUAAGACUUCAUAUUCUACCUCCUAUCUAUCUUGAGACAUUCCACGCUGAUUGUUCUUGUUUUAUUCUAUUGCAGCAGCAUCAUGCGAUGAAUACAUGUAUACCGUAUAUAGGUAGGUACAUGUACUUAUAUAUAAAUGUGUAAA